UUGAUUUUUCUUUUUCAAAUUUAAGGAGUUUGAAAUUUUUAAAAAUUUGUUAAACAUGACGAUAAUAAUUUUUCUUGUUGAUACGAGUGCUUCAAUGUUGCAAAGAACAUAUUUGGGGACUACAUACUUAGAUUAUGCAAGACUAGCAAUAGAACAAUUCCUUAAGCAAAGACAACGGGAUCCAGCAUCAAGCGGGGACAGAUACAUGUUGAUGACGUUUGAAGAUUAUCCACAAAAUAUCAAGUCGGGAUGGAAAGAAAGCCAACGGAUAUUCAACGAACAAUUAAAAAAUCUUAAAGCAAAAGGGUCGUUAAAAUUUGAGUCUUGUCUCGACUCUGUCCUAAGGCUUUUACUUGUUAGUCGAAUGCAGAGCGGUUCUGGCGCGUCAAUCGAAGCCUUUGGGUUUGGGAGGUAUCCAAGCUAUGCAGAACAUGUGGUUAUCAUUCCAGUGAUUGAUGGCUCUUCUUUGCCGUUGCCUGAUUCUGAAGCGACAGUACCAAAACCUCGACUUUUAACAGGCAGCGAUCUUUUUGUUGAAGGGUAUCGGUGGGAUCAACGUCUCUUCCCCAUUGUUUUGAGGUUGCCAGGUCAUCUACACCCUCUAAUUAAACAGCAAGGUCUGGUACCUCCAGAAGAUAAUAGUAUAGCACAAAAUUUUGCGGAGGAGAUGGGAGGUCGUUCAUUCUCAAUAACUUCACAUCGAGCGCUUACUCCUUGUAUUGAUCACAUUAUCCAAAAAAUUCAAACCAAUGGAAUAAUCAUACGCUUUCAGAAACAAGGACCAGAUCCGAUUCUUCCCAAUGGAAUAAAUGAAAAUGACCAAUCCAAACGUGAUGAAAAUAAUGAACAAUGGAAGAAUUCGUUAGUUUUAAUAAAAAGCAAAGUUGGACAACAACACAGUCAUUGGCCAAUUCCAGAAGCUUAUUGGCCUGAUUCUGUCAAGACUUCUUUGCCACCUCGAAAUGCUCACCCAAUAGUUGUUUUUCGUUGUGAACGUGUUGAGCCUUUAUUCAAUACUGACUUUCCUCUGGACAAGUACGAGUUGGAUAGUGCUUCUCCUUUAGCUCAAUUUAUUCUUGACGUAAAAGAGUCUAAUCUUUGUUGGCAGGUUUUUGUUGAAAAUUCCUAUCGUCAACCAGGACUUGGUUUUCCAUUUGGAUAUAUUAAAAUUUCUACCUCGGCAACAGUUACUCUUUAUGUUAUGCCUUAUAAUUAUCCUGAACUUCUUUCUCUUUUGGCAAUGGGGAAAGAUCCAAAAAUUGGUAGCAGUCAUCCACAAUUUCAACACAAAUUUGAGAAAUACCUAAAAACAGUUCCAGCGUACUACUACUCUCGCCUAAAAAACGCCCUAAGUCGUAUAAAAGUAAUGCCUCCUUGUUUGGAAGAAGCAAAUACUAAACUUUAUGGUUAUUGCAAUUUGGUUGCAUUACAAACACGUAUUAAACACCAAGGACAACAAGAAUUUGAAUCUGCUUGCACUGCUGUUCACAAAAAUUUACAAGAAACUUCUUUACUUCCACCAAAUUCUGCUUCUUUUGUAAGUCUAAAAAAUGUAAAAGUUUCUCGUUCACGUAGUCAGCUUGGCAAAGGAGCUUUAACUUCUUGUACUUUUCGGCCAGCAGUUGCUCCAUUCAAAUCACUCAUCCCAGCAGAUGCAUUUAAAGAUACAAAUAUUUUAUUAUUAGAAACACCUUCACAAACAUUAAUUCCUUCACUUCAAUUUAAAAAUCCUUUUGAUAUUGCGAGAGAAAAUUUAUAUUCUCAAUUGGAUAAAAUGCGUUUAAAUUUUGACCAGCAAGUUCAGACGAGUAAUUUACAUGUUUUGGAGGGUGGAUUGCCUGGACAAAAAAUUAAAUUACAACAUGCAGAAGAUUUGCACAACUUACCAAUCGCAAAGAUGGGUAUUUACGAGGAAUACAUGAAGUCAUUAAAUGCAAUAGGUCUAGGUCCUAAGCGUGAACUUGAACCACAAGUAGCUAGACCACAUGCUUUUGGAAAUCCUUUUAAAUUGGAUAAAAAGAAUAUGUCGAUUGUUGAUGAGGUUGGAGAAAUGAAUGUAAAUUCUGACGAGCCUUCUUCUUCCUCUUCCAUAAGCAGUGCUGAAAGAAGAGAACAACGCAAAAGGGAACGUGAGAAUCGUGCUUCGUCUGAAGGUCCGGGGAGUAGUGGACAAGUAAUUGCUAGAUUUAAAAGAAGGCCGGGUCCUUUGGAUUUGAGUAGAUUGUUUGCUUGGAAAAAUCGUCGAAGAUCAAUGCGAAAUCAAAACAAUUCAAAUUCAAUGGCUACUGACAUUUUGGAGAUCCAAUCAGCCCCUCCAGAUGCCCAAGACUUUGAAGAACGCAAUAAAUUGGAAGAAGAGGAUUUGGAAGACCAAAUAAAUGAAGAAGAAGAAAUGGAAGAGAAGGGGUUUGAAGAUGAUAUUCAAUAUAUUGAAUUGGAUAAGUCUCAACAACAACAACAAAAAGCUAAUUUUUGGGGUAAUAAUAAAGGAAAUUCUUUAGGUAUAUUUUUGAUCAUGGAACUCUUAAAUUUUUGGGGAGGGAUUUUGCGGUCUAGAAAAUCCUUUUAUAGGGCGUGUUAA